AUGCAAGAGCAGCAAUACACAUCACCACCACAUUCCAUUGAUGCAAUCAAGAACAUGUGGAGAGUCCAAGAAGAGAAGAUGAUUGGGCACUUUAGCUCUUGCCUUUCCCAACACAAUGGAGACCAACCAGCUGGUGAUGGACUCCUACUCUUCAAGAUAGGCGAUGCCAAUGGGCGCAUCUCCAUCUCAGCUCUAUGCCAACUCUUUGGACUUCCCAAUGAGACAGCACAUGACUUCAAGGAGAACUCAAAGAGGAAACAAGCUGCCUUUGCUGAUUGGACACACUUUGCCAAUGAACCAUUCUUGCCUUCAAGAUCAAAGGUGUCUAGAAUCACUCAUCCAGCCAUUCGCUAUGUGCACCGCCUCAUCUCCACCACUUUCCAAUGCAAACAAGAAGCCAACAAGGUCACAACUGAUGAGUUCUACAUCCUCACCACACCAUUCAUCAAGCAUGAGUACAAGGCCAACCUUGGCCUUUUACUUGCCAAGACAUUUAUCAAUGUGAGGAAGCUAGCUCAAGACUUGGAAGGCAACAAGAAGCUUUGUGUUCGUUUUGGGAGGCUUAUCACGGCCAUAGUACAACAUGUGGGGAUUGACAUUCCCAACUAUGAGCCACUACCCAAGCCAACCCCUUUGGAUCUCCAUGCUCUUCAGCAAUCCACUUCCUAA